UGCAGCAGGGCUGCUCCAGCGCUGGCGUCCAGGCAGAAGGCCGGGUGGGUUGUUCCUGUGUUCCACGGCCGAGCAGCAGUAGCUCUUGUCACGGUGAUUUAGUCUCAGGUCCGUCUGUGGUUAGUGUCUGUGAUUAGACAGCAGCCUGGGGAAAGGCUCCUGCACUUUGACACCUAGCGCAGGGACCGGCUCUGGAUGGAUCUCCAGUCUCUGAAGGAAAGCGGCUUGUUCUGUCCAGAAAGGAGCUGGUCUUAGAUUCUCCUCCCGUAGCACUUUCCAUCUGAGCAUUUCUCAAAUAUGGAUGAGUUCAGCCUCCCAGCUCUUGUGCGGGAGGUGGGUUUUAUUAUCCCUGCUUUAUAAGUGGGGAAACGGAGACCCAGAGAGAGGAUAGGAGCUACCUAGGGGCACUCGGGAGGUCUGUGGGCAGAGCUGGAAUAGAACCCGGCUCCAUGUCUCAUGCGCACGGCACCUGCAGAGGGGAGGGGGACAGACAAGAGGAGGAGGCUGGAUUCUGCAGCAAAUGCCAGAGCCCAAAAUACAGCCGGGGUGUCAGCCCUGAAUCCGUUCUUCCCUGCGGUGACUGAAGCUUCAUCCUCAAGUGUCGGCCUUGUGGCUGAAUAGUGCAGAGAGCAGCCGAUAGUCACCUGAUCAGCUGCUGGAGUCCCUGAGCCCCAGGGCUCAUUUGCAUAGACCACCUGGCUUGCCUGGCGCCCCAGGGCUCUAAAGCUGCUGCAGGUUUGCACAGAGCCAGGGGCCCGGCUGCACAGCGGCUGCCGAUUCCUUUCCUUCUGGCUCCCUCCAAGGCCUUCGCCAUGGUGCUGCGCCUCCUGGCUCUCCUCCUCCCAGGGGUUUUGGUGCCAGGUAGGUUCCAGUGGGAGGCAGAGGAGAUCAGGGAGUUCUGCAGAGGGAAGGACCCAAGGGCGAGGCUCCUGUGCUGAGCUAUCGCUGCGCUGCAGACAGGGCCGGGCGGAGCAGGCAGGUGUGGUCAGGUGGGCUGCCGGAGGUGUGGCACGCGAGAGGUUAACCUGUAGCUGGUGCGGAGGCGAUGCCGGAGGGGAUAAUGUCACAGUUCAGCCACUGGGGGUGGGAUUGGCACAUUCUGUCCAUAACUGCGCCCUUGUUUCAUUCAGCUUCCAGGGCGCAGCCGGUGCUGACACAGCCGGCCUCCAUUUUAGUGUUGCCGGGACAAACGGUGAAACUCUCUUGUGCCCUAAAUCCUGGGUACAACAUCCGGGAGUUCGGGGUCUCCUGGUACCAGCAGAGACCUGGCAGCCCUCCGAGGUACCUGCUCUAUUAUAACUCGGAGGUGGACAAGGACAAGCCCUCUGGAAUUCCGGACCGUUUCUCUGCGUCCAAAGACCCUGCCAGCAACGCCUGCGUUCUGACCAUCGCCGCGGUCCAGGCCGAGGACCAUGCUGACUAUUACUGCUCCAUCAGGUAUCCCAUCUACUAUCUCUAGAAAUGUGGAACCAAAACCUGUGCUGGCCCCCGGGGGAUUCUGAAGAGCCCCUGCUUGCAGAGCCUCGUGCCGA